AUAUAAAACCAUCUAUAUCCCAAGCAUCAAAACACCAAACAACACCACAAAGCUAAUCAUUAAUGGCAUGUACAUCUCCAAAAUGAAGAUCAACCCACUUCUCAACCUAGCCCCCUUGGGCUUCUUCUCUCUCCUCUUCUUCUUCUCUUCACUCUCUCACCAAGCCACCUACCCUCCUGCCCCACCCUUCCCAAACCCUAGACUCCUCAAUGCCUUCAUAGCCCUCCAAGCAUGGAAACAUUCAAUCACUUCAGACCCAAAAGGCUUCACUUCAAACUGGUAUGGACCCCAUGUCUGCAACUACACCGGAGUCUACUGUGCACCAGCACCCGAUGACCCCAACAUCACCACAGUCGCCGGAAUCGACCUCAACCACGGCAACAUCUCCGGCACCUUGCCGGAGGACCUCGGCCUCCUCACCGACCUCUCUCUCUUCCACAUCAACUCCAACCGCUUCUGCGGCACAAUCCCACAGAGCUUUUGCAAGCUCCGCCUCCUCUUCGAACUCGAUGUCAGCAACAACCUCCUCGCCGGAGAAUUCCCAAGCGUUGUUCUCAAACUUCCAUCUUUAAAAUUCCUCGAUAUUCGAUUCAACCUAUUCAAAGGAAGCGUUCCUUCAAGCCUUUUCGACUUGAAACUCGACGCUUUGUUCAUUAACAACAAUAAUUUUCAAUCUAAACUACCCAAGAACUUCGGGAACUCUCCGGUGUCGGUUGUUGUUUUGGCGAAUAACAAGAUUAAUGGUUGUUUGCCGCCGAGUAUAGCGAAAAUGGGUGGCACUCUAAAUCAGAUCAUUUUAAUGAAUUCUAGUUUAAAUGGUUGUUUGCCUCCGGAGAUUGGGUUGUUGACAAGUGUAACUGUUUUUGAUGUGAGCUCUAAUACGUUGGUGGGGACUUUGCCGGACCAGAUAGGUGAUAUGAAGAGCUUGGAGCAGUUGAAUGUGGCGCAUAACAAACUUUCCGGCGAGAUUCCGGAGAGUAUAUGUGAGUUGCCGAAGCUUCAGAACUUCACUUACUCGUAUAAUUUCUUCGAUGGAGAGCCGGACAUGUGUCUCAAGCUGCCGGCGAGUGAUGAUCGGGAAAAUUGUAUUCCGGGGAGGCCAGCGCAGCGGUCGGUGGAGGAGUGUAAGGGGAUUUCUUCUCAGCAGGUGGAUUGCGGUGCUUUUGGUUGUACACCUAGAAGUCCGCCACCGCCGUCUCCACCACCGCCAUCGCCACCCCCGCCGUCUCCACCGCCGCCAUCGCCACCACCACCGUGUCCACCACCUCCAUCGCCGCCGCCGCCAUGUGAACCGUCUCCUUCACCACCAGAGCCUUAUUAUCAUAUCCCAUGAUCAUAGUUGACCUCAUGAAGAAUCAUCCCCUUUGUUUUGUAUUUUAAUUUUUUUUUGCUUUUAGAAAAGGUUAGAAUAACAAAUAUGAAGGAGGAAAAAAAAAGAUUGAACAAAUUUUUUUUUUUUUUUUUUUUGUCGUUUUUCAAUUUCCACAGUUUCAUUUCUGGCAUUCAUUCAGUGCAAUGAAUAAUGAUUUUGUGGGGUUCUGAUGUGACAAUUAAUUAUUUCAUAAAUCCUGUUUCUAUUUUUAUUUUUA